GUUUUGGACUAGCUAUAAAUUCAAGCGACUGGAAUACGCUCAACUUCAAAGAGCCAGCAAGACUUGAAAGAGUGCAUUUCACCAGAAAGACGUAAAUUUGACCACCUUUUGGGUUUUUGUUUCUUCAUUUGCUUGAGGAAGGCCACAAAGAAGAGACGGAAAUGAAAUACGUUAUAGGAAUUGGGGGGGUCACUAACGGUGGCAAAACCACCCUGACUAAUAAGUUGAUUAAGACGUUGCCUAACUGCUGUGUCGUUCACCAGGAUGACUUUUUCAAGAAACCCGAUCAGAUACAAGUCGGGGAGGACGGCUUUAAACAAUGGGAUGUGAUCACUUCUUUGGACAUGGAGGCCAUGACCAACACUGUCAAAGGCUGGAUGGAGAACCCAGUGAAGUUCGCACGUUCGCAUGGUGUCCCGUUGUCAUCAUCCUCUGAUGUGGCCAACCCUGAUGAGCAGACUCACAUCCUGAUCGUGGAGGGCUUUUUGCUCUACAAUUACCCACAGCUGCUGGAUGUUUUUGACAAGUGCUAUUACAUCUCUAUUCCCUAUGAAGAGUGCAAGAGGAGGAGAAGUACAAGACAAUACACUGUACCAGACCCUCCCGGCCUGUUUGACGGCCAUGUUUGGCCGAUGUACCUCAAGCACCGCAGAGAAAUGGAAGACUGCUGCUUAGAUAUUGAGUACUUGGAUGGCUUGAAAUGCAAAGAAGAGCUCUACAACCAGGUGUAUGAGGACAUUCAGAACAAUCUGCUCAAUCGUUUAUAGCACGAAGACUGCACUCCUGUGGUGUGCAAAUAUUUGUAAAUAGCUCCAAGGAUUUUUUUAAUGGGCAUUUUUGCAUUAGUUUUUGUAAAUACAAUGAAUUUUAUUUUAACUUAUCACUGUCUUUUUUUGUUUUUGUGUUUUAUUUUAUUCCCCUCCAGCCGCAAAGAAAUUGUUGAACUGAUUUUUAUCUGUAAUUCACAUUGGGCAUUUGGUAAUCAAUCACAUUCUUCUUCCACAAUAAACUUGUAUUCGCGGUGGAAAUGAACACAAAGCAUUUG